GGGCCGGUGUGUCUUUGUACUCUAUUGUUGGAUUGCACUGUAGUACCGGUGUUUGAGUAGGAGCGUUUCAGCAAAUUGUGCGGCUGUAUUUGCGGAUUGUGGCAACAUUUUUAUUGUAGCGAAACCAAUUAGUCAUGAUAUAUGACACUGGCAUUAGUAGUUGCUGAUGAAUAAGCGCCUAAAAACGGGCUUUGUUUCCCCAAAUAGAAUUCCCUUUGCAGACUGUGAAUGAAAUGCUCAGAAAGAUGCUGCUUUGAUGACUUCUCCACCUCUGAAAAGAAACUUCGUGCACCGAAAGUAACACAAUGAGUACAAAGAGAUGUUGCAUUCUGCUUUGCACAAAUAAGCUCUGAAAUGCUUUAGACUGAUUCAUGAAGGCUCCAGGGCUGUCACAAUGGAGAAGGAGGCCAGCCAGCUGGAAAGAGACCAUGUCCACAGCGUAUACGAGAAAAUCGCUCCCCACUUCAAUGACCACCGUUACAAGGCCUGGCCAAAAGUGCGCCAGUUCCUUCUGGACCAGGAGCCUGGCAGCAUAAUUGCGGAUAUUGGUUGUGGCAAUGGCAAAUAUCUCCAUAUUAACCGUGAAAGCUUCAAGAUGGGCUGUGACUACUGCCUGCCUCUCGUAGACUUGGCCAGAGGUCAUGGCCACGAGGUGCAGGUGUGUGACGGCCUGCGGCUCCCAUAUCGAGACGGCUGUUUUGAUGCCAUUCUUUCCAUUGCAGUAAUCCACCACUUCUCCACAAAGGAGCGACGCAUCCGGGCAAUCCAGGAGAUGGCACGCACUCUUCGAGUGGGAGGCCGCAUAAUGAUCUAUGUGUGGGCAAUGGAGCAGAAGAGACGCAAGUUUGAAAAGCAAGAUAUCUUUGUCCCCUGGAAUCCCAAACCCCCAUCCACUCCGUCACCCGAAGAUGUUCAGAAGAAACGGGAACAGGAAGAAUUCAGUUGCUCCGGCUUCUCUAGCAGUGGCGAUGACCACAAAGAUGUGCACAGGAAAAUCAAAAGUACAUCCUCCGUGGGCGAUAACGAGGACACAGUGUACACUUCGUUUGAGAAAUCCUUAAAGUUGUGGCUCUUUUCUAGGUCGCUGGAUUCAGUAUUAGAUUUCGGCAGCAACAGCCAUUCAAGAUCCCCUAAAGAGCUGAACGCAUUGACUAAUUACAACCGUCAGUUGAAUAAAGUGAGUCAACUCAAAUCUGGGGGUCUGAUGAAACAGGUUUCUAGCUUGUUUUGCUCAAGGCAGAAUUCAGAAGACGACGAAGUCUUCCGUUUUACGGGAGAGAUCCAGCCUCCAAAUCCUUCAGGGGACAGAGAAUCGCAACAUUUUCAGAGUGGCAACCCUGCAACAGAAGAAAAACAAGCCCUUUCUGCAGCUAUUGUUCACGGAUGUGGCAGAAUACCCUUGCCUGAUCUUGUCUCUCAUAGGAAAGGUUCUGCAUGUGAGAGAGAAAUCUGUGGUAACACCCACAGCAACACAUCAAAGUGUAGCGAGCAGAACCACAGGCUUCAAUUACUUGACCACACAGAAAGCCCUCAAGAGGAUGGUGUUUUACCAGAGAAUAAAUGGAAACAAAUGGACGGCUCUUUCCUUCGAUAUUAUCAUGUAUUUAAGGAAGGAGAGCUUCUGGAACUCAUUAAAAAGCACUUUGAGGAGCUUCAUGUCAUUCAUACUUAUUUUGAUCACGCUAAUUGGUGUGUGAUAGCCGAAAAGGUUCAGGUUUGGAAAAUUUAGGACAUUUUGAAAGUCUAGUUUUUAUUUGUAAUUUUUAAUAUUUUGAAUCAAGCGGAAUGCACUUGAAUUUCACGUGCUAUAAUACAGCAUUUUAAGUUGGUGCCCAUCUUUUUGUUUUUAUAAAAUUGCUGCCUGUUCAUUUAAAUGUAUAAUUGUAAUGUGGCACAGCCUUUUAGCAGUCAACAUUUCAUUUUACUUUUUUUAACACUGGGUUCUGUUGAAGCUUAAUGUUUUACAUGAAUCAUGAAGCAAAGCAUUUCUGUUUGUUUUAAAAAUGUUUUGUGAUUUAUUCCUAUUGGCUGCUACCAAAAGUAAAUAGCUGCCAAUAGUGUAUAGGUAUGAGUACAUGUUACAGCAUUGUCAAAACUUGAAUAAUUUAUUUACAUCUGUCAUGCAUACAACUUUGUUAAAUAAACAUGGAUAGAAAGUUACUGUUUUUACUGUAUAAAACUGAUGGUGUUCAGAUACUUUCUCCAUUUGCUCUGUAGACAUUUAUUAGAUUGUGUUUUUUAAAAUCAGGAAGGCUUUUUAUAAAAGUAUUUAUUAUUAAACUAACAGUUAGUGAUGUGAAGAUAGAAACUCUAGGGUUCAGAAAGAAAAGUGCUGCUCUUUUAUGUAGUCAAAAGUGUGGUACAACUGUUUUUGUACAUUUUAAAUACUAGAUGAAUGUUUGUAACCAUGUCCUUAAUAAAUAUUUUUCUUGAAUAA